ACUCGUUUCCUCUAUCUUCACCUCCAAUUCAAAUUGCGUCUCCCCCGCAUGCUACCCUGUUCAAAACCUUUCUCAUUCUUUCAGAUACCAGAAAAUGGAUCUUCACCUUCUUCGUUUCGAUUCCAACUUCCAAAAUCUGAAACUCACACAGAAAAUUUAGCUCAAACCCGUGUUCCAUCUUUGCACAAUUCAAAGUCCUAACACUCCAAAAAUGUCAUCACCGUUAACCUACCCUGUGGUGGUCGACGACAAGGACCUCGACGACGCCGCACUGUGGGCCAUGAUCGACUCCGCCUCCGCCUCGCACUCCUCUUCCAAGCGAAAGGCCCUCAUCGCCUCCAAACCCCCACAGCGCCAGCUCCCUUCCCCGAUCUCCAACCCGUCGCCACCACUGUCGAAGUUUCGGAAGGUUCUUCGCGACUCCGGCGACAGCGGGGAGGUGGUGCAAGACCGAUGGCCCUACCUCCCGCCGCGGAAGGCCCCGAGGUUGUGUGCCUCCGAAGAGAGCAGCCCGCUCGCGCUGAUCAGGAGCGUGCAGAGGACGCCGCCGCCGAAGGACUUAUCGUCGCCGGAUGCGCAGGAGCUAAGCUGCUACACGGAGGUCUCACCGAGGCGGUGCUUCGUGAGGAACGAGGCAGAGGAGAAGGAGAGCGGCAUUGGACAUAGCUUGCUUGGAAUGUUUCCUUCGGUUUCGUUGUUUAAGGAGUACCAGAAUGCUGCUAUGGCGAUUUUGGAAAAAACUGAUUACACUUUGAUUUCGGGGAAUCCUUUCAUUAAGAAGUCAGGUUGGAGAAAGAUAUCUUGUUACUUCAAUAUUUCUUAUGAAAUCAGGGACAGAAAUAUUGAGUUUGAUGAGAAUCGCAAUGUUCAGCGUGCUGAGUUUGUGAUUCGUGCGCACAUGCAGGGCGGCAGGUUCUCAGAUGGAUGGGGCUCUUGUGAUCGACGUGAAAAAAGAUUCCAGAAGCCAAAUCAUGAUGUUCCUAGCACAGCAGAGACUAGAGCAAAGAAUAAAGCUUGUCAAGACUUGCUAGGAAUUGGAGAAUACCGACCUAGUUGUUUUUUAGGUACUUCAAUUGGUAUCGGAGCUAACAUCGCUCGAGGAAACGAUCUUGAAGAAUGAAAAACAAAAGAUACGCCACCAACCGUCCUCCUUUUUUCAAGGGAGAGAAGUUUGACCACUGGAAGCAAAGAAUGAUCACAUUCUUUGAAUCAUGUCAUAUCAACAGGUGGGACGUUGUGGAGAAAGACAACUACAUUCCUGUAAAUGAAGGAGAGUCACUCUCAAAUAGCAAGUGGACUGACGAGCGUCUAAGCAUUUAAGAGAAAUUUUCAAAAGUUCAAUAACAUACUAUAUCGGAAAGGUUAAAAAAUGUUUUCCAUUAACACUAUUCAACCCCCUCACCCCCCUUCUAGUGUUUUUCAGGUACUUCAAAUGUUUUUUUGGU